AUGUCGCAAUCGGUGGACAAAAGUAGUCAUCGCUCCAUCGCUGGUGGCAGUGGGACAGGUGGCGAUGGCGGAAAGGGCGGUCAAGGAGGGGGCGGCGGCGGUGGCGGCGGGCAAGGUGGAAAGGCUGGUGAACCAGGAGGCAGCAAGGAAGAAAAUAAAGAUGAUCAGAAAGCCAAGGAAGACGACAAAAGAAAUCAAGAAAAAGAUGGCAAAAAGAACGAAAAGGAAAGCAAUCCGAGUUGUGGAAAAGACGGAGCAGACGGUGGAUCCGGCGGGGGUGGUAAAGGAGGCGAUGGAGGCGGUAAAGGCGGUGGGCGUGGCGGCGAUGGAGGAUGCAAAUGGGAAAAAAAAUCCGAUGAAAAAGACAAAUAG